UGGAUCCGAGUUUCAUAAAGCAUACAUAGCCCUUUGUGAGAGCAAAGGGUGGAUAACAAUUCUAUAACGCUUUAAACUUUUCUCACAAUGAUUUUAUGGAUAAUCUGCUUAACAGCAUUGGUGUGGACUACAACGAAAUGUGAGCCACCUGUGAACAGCUACCUACCUCCCUCUGGCUCGGGUUCCGGACCAUCCUCUCAAUAUGGAGCGCCAGGCUUUGGACAAAGAGGGCGAGGCCAGUCGGGCGGGCCUCAAUCUCAGAGAUUCCAAAAUCAACCUUCCGAUAGCUAUAACGCACCUGGCUCAGGACAAUCCUUGUCUUCUGAAUAUGGCCCGCCCGGCCGGGGUUCUGGCUUUUCAGGAGGUUCCGGCCGCGGUUUCGGUCAAGGAAACUCUCCCAGCUCUCAAUAUGGAACUCCCAACGGCCCUUCUGGUUUCGGCGGUGGCCAAUCAUCUUUCGGUUCUGGUGGUCGUCCGCAGACGUCUUACGGAACACCAAAUCAACAAGGUGGUGGUAGUCCCUUCGGUGGUCGUAACGCCCAAAGGCCUGAUAGUACAUACGGAACACCCUCGAGCGGUUUUCAGUCACCUGGUGAUUUUGGCUCUGACGGUUUGUCUGGAUCUGGCUCGUCUCGCCCGGGUGGUAGAGGACGUCAACCUCAACGAGGCUCACCUUCGUCAUCCUAUGGAACCCCUGAUUUCGGUAAUGAUUUAGAUGGUAAAAGUCAAAAUUAUCGUGGAUCAGGGGUAGAUGGUUCUAAUGAACCAGCCAAAUAUCAGUUCAGUUACGAGGUAGAUGAUGCUGAAACGGGUACAAAGUUUGGUCACUCGGAGCAAAGGGAUGGUGAUGUAGCGAUAGGGGAAUAUAAUGUGGUUCUGCCUGACGGUAGGAAACAAAUCGUUGAGUAUGAGGCUGAUCAAGAUGGAUAUAAGCCUCAGAUACGAUACGAGGGCGAUGCUUCUGGCGCCGGUUCUGGAUCUGGUUUCGGAGGCGGUCGUGGUGGCGGCCAAGGUUACCCAAGAGGAGGUGCUAAUGCUGGUGCUAAUGCCUUCGCUGGUAGCGAAGCGGGAUACCCACAAUCAGGUUCUGCGGGAGGCUAUCCACGAGGUUCAGGAUCUCAAGGAAGACCUGGAUUUGGAGGUGGACCCGGGCAAGAUGGGCAGAGCGGUUACCCCGGCCGAGGUUUUCCAGGACAAAGUGGUGGCUUUGGGACUGGUGGCGGUGACGAAGGUUACCCCAGUGGUGGACCUAAUGGUCCUAGAGGAUCCGGAUACUGAAUAAUACAAUUACGACUGUAGCUAAACAAAUACUCACCAUUUUAUGCUUUGUUAAUAAACAAUGAAAC